AAAGAGGGGGGCUUGAGGUGUCACCCGCCGUCCCGGUGUGGAGGCCACGCCCCCUUUGUGGAGGCCACGCCCCCCCGGGCGGAGAGCGCGCCCCCCUGGACUUGCCCCUCCCUCUUCUGGCCACGCCUCCCCGUGUGGCUCCGCCCGCCACGGCCCCACCCCUGAGCGGGCACGGGUCGGGCCGGCGGCCAUCUUUGAGACGGGCGCAGGGUGCCGGUUAACCCCUGCGCUGCCGGCGGAACGCAGCCGGCGGCCCCCCACACCUCCCGGGGGCGUCGCGGGUGGGGGCUGACCCCCCCCACACCCCCACACACACCCCCACUCACCUCCCCCGGGGCGGGGGAGGAGCCGGUGUGCGGGGCGGGUCCCGGCCGGUGCCGGUGCGUGGUGGGGGGACGUGUCAGCUACGUGGCCCGGGGCGGGCGGCGGCGAGCGGCGAGACCGGGACCGAGUCUGCAGCCCGAGCUCGCGGGAUGAGGAACCCACUGGUGGCCCUGCUGCUGCUGGUCCCCGCGGCGUGGGCAGCCCCCAAGGCUGGGGGGCACAGGCCUGAGGAUCCUACAGCCGCGGGGUCACAUCCUGAUCCCGACCCACUGAGCCUGGAGCUGAUCGCACUGCCGCUGCUGCAGAGCGCGGUGAGGAGCCUGGAGCCGCCGGAGCGGGACGCGGAGACCAUGACACGGGAGCAGGCCCUGCUCUACCUCUUCGCGCUGCACGACCACGACCGGAGCGGGCGCCUGGACGGGCUGGAGCUGCUGCAGCUGCUGGGCACGGUGCUGGCGCAGCGGGACGGGGGGCAGCCGGACCCCGAUGUGGUUGCCGUGCUGGUGGACAGAGCCCUGGAGAGGCAGGACCGGAGCGGGGAUGGGCUGCUCGACCCCCCCGAGCUGCUGCUCUCGCCUGAGCGGGACCGGGGACCCCCGGGGCCGCCCCUCCUGCAGCAACCUGGGGAGCCGCGGGCAGGGGGGGACGCAGAGAUGCCCAGGGGGGACACGGAGGUGCCUGGCGGGGACAUGAUGGUGAGUGGUCCAGGACAGGCAGCCCCCCAGGGUGAAGCCCCAGCUGCUGGAGCCAUGGAGGCUGAGGAAGCCCCUGAAGCUGGAGCACCCGAGGGGGUGGCAGCCCCAGUUUGGGAGGACCCUGGGGAGGGGUAG